UGGCAAGCUGACUUUCUAACAUAAUAAAAACAGAUAAGAAAUUGUACAUCAGUCUUGUGAAUAGGGCAGCCAUGAACUCAUUGUACGCCUUUAUCCUCUUUGGACUUUUAGAAACGGGUUUUGUUGCAGCACGUUGGAGUACAUGGGAUGCUUGGGGCCACUGCAGUGUGACCUGUGGGACAGGAAUAAGGUACGCCCAUAGAACCUGUUCACAUCACGGAUCAUGCUCUGGGUCGACCACAAAGACCGGGCAUUGUUAUCACCACCACUGUCCGCCAGUUAACGGCUACCUAACAGCAUGGAGACAUUGGGGCUCCUGCUCAGCCACCUGUGAAGGAACCAGGAAACGAACUCGCUUAUGUCAUCCUCCCGAACACGGUGGGGCUCCAUGUCCAGGGAGUACUGUCGGAUACUCAGAGUGUGGCGCUUUGCACUGUCCAGUUGAUGGGCAACUUAGUGAUUGGGGACCCUGGAGUCAUUGCAGUGCUACCUGUGAAGGUCUGAAGAACAGGAAACGAACAUGUAUCCCUCCACAGCAUGGUGGUGCUCCGUGUACCGGCGAAACAAACCAAACAGUUAAAUGUGGGAAUGAACACUGUCCAGGCGUAACUUGUCCUAUUUGUAAUGAGAAUUUGGAAUGUACAUGGAACACCACGUGCCACAUGUCUGAGACCUGUUUGGUUCGAAACUUCCAAGGAUACAAAUUCUCAACGCACUGCAUCCUGAAAGACGAUUGUGCUAUCAUGAAAUUGCUGCCAAAAACACAAGAACGAAUUAUCUGCUGUGAUGAUGAAUCCUGUCUACAAACCAUUCUGGGAACUGGGCGCCUUAGUGAAUGGGGUGCCUGGGGUCAAUGCAAUGCAACCUGUGAAGGUUUUAAGAACAGGACUCGAACGUGCAGCCCUCACAAAGCCGAUGAUGUUCCAUGUAUCGACGUGACACAAACAGCUAAAUGUGGGACGGAACACUGUUCAGUGGAUGGGGAUUCAUUGGCUUGGGGGGACUGGUCACCGUGCAGUGUUACCUGUGGGAACGGUACCAGAGUGAGAUCCAGGGCCUGUAUUCCACCAAAGUACGGGGGUCUCAAUUGUACUGAACCGUUGUUUGAGAUGAAUAACUGUAGUCAAGUUCCAUGUCCAGGUGUAACUUGCCCUACUUGUAAUGAGAGUCUGGGAUGUAAUUGGAACUCCACAUGCCCCAUGUCAGAGAUAUGUUUGGUCCGAAAAAUGCCUGAUUCUAAUUUCACCACCCAUUGCAUCAUGAAAGAUGAUUGUGCUCUUAUAAAAUCGCUGGAUAAAACACAGGGAGUAGUCCACUGUUGUGCUGAUGAAUCGUGUCUACGGACUAUUCUUGGGGAUUAAAAAAGCAACAAUGUUGAAAAAGAUUUCUACCUUUUGAAUAUUGACUUUGUUAUAUAAAAUCAGGAUACAUUACCACAUUUAGCACGUAGAUAUUGUAAGUUAUAGUUAUAGUUCACUGCUGACAGGUAUAAAUGCAUGACAGUUUGACCUGUUUAAGAAAGGUGAUUUUUUUUAUAAUUAUAUGACAAUAACGUAUUUAAAUCUUUUAUUCAGAUGGUAUCUUGCUGUUUUAUCAUUUGAAUUAAUGCAUUUAUUCCCGCUGUAAAAAAGGAAGCGAAUUAUUUAAUUUCUUUUCCUCAAAUAUGAAAAGAAAUAAUUCUACUGGCACUUCUUACGUUAGCGCUCGCCUAGUCACCGCAUUGAUCAACACAUGUUCUCCCGGGGGAUUUUUUUUUACACCACUUUGAUGGUUUUACACUGUAAAAAUAUACGGAAAGCCCUUGUUUAAUCUAUUUUUUCUAACUAACAACCUAGUCUUAUUAUACAAUAUGGUUACAGAGAAUAACAGAAUACCAGUAGAGUUUUCAAAAGCUUUCUAGAUUGCAAAGAAGGUAAAAAUUUUGUCAGCGAGGUGUUACAUAAGUUAAAAUAUAGGUCAUGUGAUUACUCAGGCAUGACUUCAUAAAGUGAGUUAUAUCAUAAUGACAUGUUAGAGUUAUUAACGCUCUUUGUAUUUAAAUUUUUUUUGGUGACUAUUGAAAUAAAUGAUUUGAAGACAAAAA